CUACGAGUCGCUGAAUAGGGCCGUCUUUCACGAUGCACGCUGGCAUUCUGUACCCUAAACGCGCUUGUGGUGCGCCUCAAGCAAGGCCGGUGGCGUCAGCGGGAGCGCUGCCGCUGACGCCGCCGACACGCCGCCCGUCACGGAACGCCUGGUCGGCCCAGCCACGCCGUAGCUGGGCACCGGUGGUAGCGGCCGCCGCGGGUGCUGACGCCGGCAGCAAUGGUGGCUUGUCGGCGAAUCCGGCACAGAAGCGCGCAGAAAUCGCAGCCAAUGUCGACCGCGCGGCGCAGAUGAUCGGCGAAAUCGUGGACGAGGUCACACGCGAAAUGUUUGUCUCCGAGGCCGUCGCAUACCUCGUCCGCGACCAGGCCGACCAGACGGAGCUGGCCGCGGUCCGCACGGCGGUGGCGCGCCGCGUGGAGUUCCUAGACGCCAACUUCUUGGCGGCGUUGACUGGAUUCAUCCGCGCGUGCGACGCGCGCGGCGACCGCCAGCUGGCGAGCCUGCUGAUGCAUGUGCGGGAGGAGGUGCUGCGGCAGGUGGCGUCGCGCAUGCCGUCAGCGGCGCAGGUUUUGGACCUAGCUCUGCGCCACGCUGACAAAGACGCGCGCCUGGAUCUGCUGCGCACGGCCCUCAGCGGCGGCAGCGGCGGGGCUGCCGGGCCGCAGUUGCUGGCUGGGGAGGCGGUGCCGGCGGCGGACUUGGACAUGCUGUCUGCCACCGCCUCCAAGUUCAUUGACGAGAUGGAGGAGCAGGCGGAGGUUCUGGACCGGCGGCUGCUGGCCCGGCUGGUGCUGGUGCGCGAGGAGCUGCGCAUGCUGCGGGAGGAGGGCCGCUUCACGGACGAGGGCGGCAGCCCGGAGGAGCCGGUGCGCAGCAACGUGCCGCAGCGGUGCGCCGCCUUUCUGAAGGAGCUGGUGGCGGUGAGCGACCCGGUGCGGCGCGUGGGGCUGCUGUCGCGCGCCUUCGAGACGGACUGGGAGGGCGCGGCGCCGCGGCAGAAGCCGCAGACGGCCUUCCACGCCGGACAGCCCGACUUCGUACGGCCGGGGCGAUUCAUGGCCACCAUGCAGAGCACGGCGCGGCAGCUGCGUGACGACCCCAACGCCGCCGACACGCCGGGCGGCGGCGCCGCCAAGCACGCCGCCGUGCUGACGCGGCUGGAGCUCAUCCGCAGCGAGGCCAUGGCCGUGCUGGACCGCAUGCACGGAGGAGACCGGGCGGCGGAGGCGGUGGCGGCGGCCGGGGCGAGCGUGGGGGCGCAGCCGACGCCGGUGUACGGCACGCCGGAUGGGGUGCCGAACCCGACGGAGACGGCGGGGGAGGCGGGGAAAGAUGGGGAGGCGUGUGAGGGGAAAGGCGUGGAGGGGCAGGGGCUGGAGGUGGUGGAGGGUGUGGCGGUGGAUGAGGCGCAGGAGGGCCGCACCGGCUGAGCAGCUUAGCGCGCUGCGCAGGAAGGGAGGGUGUGCAGAGGUGGGAGCGUUCUGCUGCUUGCCUGCCGGCCCACUGGGGCCCGGCCAUGCGGUGUGCUGGGCAGCAAGGCAUGUAAGGUCAAGGAGCA